AUGACCGGUCGCGGUAAAGGUGGUAAAGGUUUGGGGAAAGGUGGAGCGAAGCGGCACAGAAAAGUUCUUCGUGAUAACAUCCAGGGUAUCACCAAACCGGCUAUCAGACGUCUCGCACGCAGGGGCGGUGUGAAACGUAUCUCCGGGUUAAUUUACGAAGAGACACGCGGUGUACUCAAGGUGUUCCUUGAGAACGUGAUUCGUGACGCUGUUACAUACACCGAGCAUGCGAAGAGGAAAACCGUCACCGCAAUGGAUGUCGUCUACGCCCUGAAACGUCAAGGACGUACCCUCUACGGAUUCGGUGGUUAA